CGCGCGUCGCCCAAUAGCAGCGCUCCUCCUCGGCUCCUCCCUCCCUCCCCACCCUGCGGCGCUUCCUCGCCUCGCUGCUGCAGUGAAGCCCACGGAAACGGACGGAAAAUAGGUUACGCUGCUGCUGUGUCAAAACCAGCCUUUUCUUCACAAAACAACAAGACCAAGAGCAGAAUUUCCCUCUUAUUUUUGUGCUGUCAUUUACUGCUGUUCGUUUCCGAGGGCGAAUUCCGUCGCGCAAGCAGCAAAAUGGGAAAUGAGGCAAGUUAUCCCCUGGAAAUGUGCUCGCAUUUCGAUGCUGAUGAGAUUAAAAGGCUGGGAAAGAGGUUUAAGAAACUCGACCUAGAUAACUCGGGAUCCCUCAGCGUGGAGGAGUUCAUGUCCUUGCCCGAGUUACAGCAGAAUCCACUGGUGCAGAGGGUCAUCGAGAUAUUCGACACGGACGGCAACGGAGAGGUGGACUUUAAAGAGUUCAUCGAGGGCGUCUCUCAGUUCAGUGUGAAGGGUGAUAAAGAGCAGAAACUGCGCUUCGCUUUCAGGAUCUAUGACAUGGACAAGGACGGCUACAUUUCCAACGGAGAGCUGUUCCAGGUGCUGAAGAUGAUGGUGGGCAACAACCUGAAGGACACCCAGCUGCAGCAGAUCGUGGACAAGACCAUCAUCAACGCUGACAAGGACGGGGACGGGAGGAUAUCCUUCGAGGAGUUCUGUGCUGUGGUCGGAGGUCUGGAUAUACACAAGAAGAUGGUGGUGGAUGUGUGAUCUUCCCUCUCCAUCUGUCGACCUGCUCCAGACGUCCAGCAGAUGCUCUCUAUGUGUUUCAGUGUUACUGAACUCAGUCAUGGGCUUACGAACACUGAAAGAGCAUCUCGCUUCAACAGGAGAGAGCAUUGGCUUGUCCAUAUUUAUUUCGUUUUUUAAUGCUUCUUUUUUUAUAUUUAUUUUGUGCCGUCUUUUUUUUUUUUUUCUUUUUUAAAUAUUAAGUAUGAUAUAAUACAUCUGUGUAGGGUUUGAUGUGCCAAGCAGAACAAUGUUGUUGGCAGUGUUGGCUUUCUUCUGUGAUGUACACUAUUUCUAGCAUUUACUCAUGUUCAAUAACUGUUUUUGUAUCAGUGGUGAUAUAACGUUUAUAUUGUUGGAAAGUGCAUCUUCAGGUCAGAAGCGUUGAGACGCUACAGCAGAAAGUUACCAGGAUGUAACACAGAUGUAUCUCUUGUCUUAAUGACUCUCACAGAUGAAACCGCACACGGUGAUAACACAAUCACUCACAGUCUGACCGUCUCAUCUGUGAGAAGAUGCAGCAGGAUCUCAGAACGUCUCUUUUAUAAACUAAUGUUGCUCGGUGACUUUUAAUAACUCAAGUUUUCAGUUUUGAACAGCUGAACCACUAACAAACCUGUAUUCAUCCAGAGGUGUUGCUCGUGCCAUCUUUCUUUUAAUGGGAAGACGCUUGCUUCGAUAGUUUGUCUAGUGUGUGGCUGAAGCGUCCGAUCGUCUCUAAUACAUGAUUAUUUUCACCUCCAUCUUUUCUAACGGCAGCAUGAGAUCUGUGUGCUUUGAUACAUGUAUAACAUCCACAUGAGAGCUUCAAGGCAUCUAAACUCUUGUGUAUAAGACUGGAGCUUCAAAUAAAAACGUUUUCCAUGCAUGACAGGAGCAGAGUAACCAAACGCACCUCCCACCUCAGCAUCAUACGUCAGUAAUAUUGACACGUAUGAGGCUUCUGCUGUGCUCGCUUUAACUACUUCCUUUCUGCAUGCUUUGUUUCAUCUAUUCCAUUGCUUUACACUUAAGCUGUGAAAUUUAUAACCAACAGAACCAUGAAAUGCAUUACAUAAGUUGCCAAAUUAGAAUCAGACAGAGGUGCAUUCUUUUCAGAUCCAAUCAUAUUCAGCUCGCAUCAUUUGCCCCUUCGUUUUGUCACUUCAGAUCUAACCAGAUAUUCAUGGGUUUUCUGCAGCUUUGGUGAAUGAGAUGGUGUCUCGCACGUAUGAAGGCACAUGAAGCUCGUCGGUUAUGGGAUGUCUAUUCUGCAUGCUGCAUCAAAUAAAAGCAACUAUUAUGGGAUAUAUGGACUACUUGAUACUGUAUGAAACAAUAAAGGUGUAAAACUUGUCAUU